GUUCGCCGCUUUUGGUGCUAGCAUCAUGGCCACAAAGGGUCACAGCUACAGGCUCAUACACAGGACCGUUCCAGGGAGGAUAUGCCACAAGGCGUUCUGGAGGGUGACUAACUGGAUUGCCGAAACUCAUGCUGGAUACGGCAGGACGCCCAAUGCGUCCAAAUUACGGACCGUCCCCCGCGGCGAAGGUAUCUUCUGGGCCAACGGCGGCCUCGGCUGUGCCAGCGUCCCGAAUUUCUGGAAAGUGUUCCACGCCGGAGACUGCACCGUGCACAGAAGCGAGCCGGAGUCUUUCCAGGGCAGCACGGUCAAGCUGCGCAACGGCACGGAGCUACAAACCGACUACGUGAUACUGUGCACGGGCUUCGACAAGAACUACGAGCCGUUCAGUCGCGAGCUGCAAUACGCGUGCGGCCUGAAGCUAGAUCCCGCGGAAGCUGACAAGUGGACCGGGCUCGAAGCUAAGGCCGUGAAGGCAGUCGACGAGGUGCUCCCUGUUCUUCGCAAUCCGGGGGUCCCGCUCCGCAAGCUGAAGGCGAUGAACGCCGAGAUCGUGGGGGGCGAGAAGAGGGAGCUCUCGUACGGGCCGAGCCGGCAUUACAGGCGGAUGGUCGCCCCCGCGCUGGCGGCCCAGGGCGACAGAUCGAUCAUCUUCCCGGGCCUGAUGCACAACGUCUACACCCCCUUGGUCGGCGAGGUUCAGGCCCUGUGGGGCGUGGCCUUCCUGCUCGGCCUGCAGGACGUGCCGCCGCUGCGCGAGAUGGAGAGGGAGAUAGCCGAAUGGAACGUCUGGACCGGCAAGCGGUACCUCACGCAAGGCCUCAAGCAUUCCUAUGCCAUCUACGACUACAUCUCUUAUAUCGACCUUCUCCUCAGCGACCUGGGCGUCGAGACGAGGCGCAAGACCAACUUUCUGGCCCACAUGUUCUUGCCAUACUACCCGAAGCACUACCGCGGCAUGACGAAGGAGUUUUGGCAAGUCCAAAUCAGAAAGCGUGGGGGAAAGCCAGUGCCGGCUGAUGUUGGGGUUGAUGCUGGCGGGUGGGCGCAGGUUAUGCUGCUGGUGAUGGCUGUUGUGGUACUAUGUGCGGCGAUGUUUUGGCUGAUAGGAUGACGGGCGGCAGGGACGCAGAAAUAGGCCACACGGGAAAAAGGAACAGGCCGGAGAGCGCAUUAAAGACGAUAUUAUUUACGACAUGGAUGGGUGUAGUUUACCACGUUCAUUUGCCAACAGAAGGCCUCCCUGAAA